GCAUCAGUUCGCGCUCAGACGUCAUCGGUGGAAAACCAGGCCAGCUCGAUCCACUCUAGCCUUGUCUCGUCUCGUUCUGUCCGGUCUCGUCUCGUUUUAGUCCGUGAGGUACUCGAUUCGAACCGCACAUACUCGCCCACGUUCGCCCGGCGGAGGAAAAGAGCCAAAAUCAUCGAUUGUAAAAUGAUAUGCUAGGCGAAACCCUACUUCGAAGCCCCAGUGAACCGAGAUUAAGUUAAAGGCCGAUGGAUUAGUGGAGUUGGCCAAGUGAACUCAACUCUCCGGCUGAUUCCUCACAUGUUUUCCAAGGCAACUGUUUCUUCUGUAUCUGUUUUCCGUUAAAAAUUUAACUACCGCCUGCAAUUAACGAGCCCACAAAUCCGCGGAGAGUGAACCUAGAGCAGCGCCAGCAGGCAACAGUGAAAAUGAUUGUACGCAGUCGAUCCCGCCGUGCCCGCAUGUGGAACAUGGGGCUGCUGUUCUUAAUCUACUACUGCGUCAGCAUCUACUCCGCCAAAGGAGACACCAAGGACGGACAGGCCCUGCCUCUGGAUGUGGGCGCUCUGGCCGAGGACGCUGGCGAUGCCGAGGCCAACGGGGAGGAUACUCCAGAGAGAAACACAGAGGGCAGUUCCGUUCUGGACACAACACCGGCGUUUGAGCCUCAGGCGACCACACAAUCGACUCCCAUUCAUGGCGCGGUUCCCACCUGGCGCCCAAAGCGGGACAACUGCACGCCCCCGGCUAUCGAGCAGUUUCCACAGCCGCUGAUGAACAAGUGGGCGCGACAGCACGGCGGCCUUAUCCUCCACAUACUGGUGGCAGUCUUCACUUUCUUCGGGUUGGCAAUAGUUUGCGAUGAGUACUUUGUGGCCAGUCUGGAUCGGCUUUGCGAGGAGCUAAAGCUAUCGCCAGAUGUAGCGGGAGCCACGUUUAUGGCUGCCGGAAGCUCGGCUCCUGAGCUGGCCACUGUGGUGAUAGGAGUGUUCUUUGCUAAGGACGACAUCGGCAUCAGCGGGGUCAUCGGAUCGGCCGUAUUUAACAUUAUGUUCGUGAUCUCUGUCUGCGCCCUGUGCUCGGGUACCGUCUGCCAACUGAACUGGUGGCCCCUGGUGCGGGACUGCUUCUUCUACUGUGUUUCUAUUCUCGUGAUGUUAAUAAUCAUCUUUAACGACGUUAUAUCAUGUUUUGAGUCCGUCGUGAUGCUCCUCUGCUACGUAGGAUACUGCGUGGCCCUCCACUUCAAUACGGAGCUGGAACGCUGGGCACUGGGUCUGAAUUUGCCCUUCAAGCUACCUAGUAAGGAAGAGCAGUCAGCACUGGUAACCUACAAAAACGUUCCAGAAGGCUCCUACACCCAGGAAAGUGUCCAGACCCAGGGACAGAAGGUCACCGAUGAUAGCGACACCAGAAGUGCGAAGCCGCAAAGCGACUACCAGAACUACGGCGAUCCGAAUCCAACAUGGGACCCGAACGCCGCAUGGGGAGAUGAGAGCCAGCCGAAUCCAGUGGCCAAUCCUCCGCCCGUUGAUGACUGGGGAAUGGGCCACAGUGGUCAGGAAAACAUGGGCUACCACGCCGACCAACCCGAGUCUGUGGUAACAGGCGAUGUUCCGGCUGCGGCUGCCAAGAGUGGUGGCCAGGUUGUCUCUACUCAGGCCACCUCGGCUGGAGGCAACGACUACUACAAGUCCACAGACAAGCAGCGAGAGCCGCGCCGCGAUCCUCUACUGCGUCCCAUGGAAGGAGGGCUGCCAGCUCUGGUUUCCUGGUACGUCGUCUACCCGAUCCACUUUCUCUGCAAGAAGACGAUGCCGGACUGCCGGCAGGAGCAGUAUCGCAACUGGUACCCCUUCACCUUUUUAAUGUCGAUGGUGUGGAUAUCGUUCUACUCCUACUUUAUGGUGUGGAUGAUCACCGUGAUUGGGUCCACGCUUGCCAUCCCGGACACCGUAAUGGGUUUGACGUUUGUGGCCGCUGGCGUGUCUGUCCCGGAUGCCCUAAGCUCAAUAGCCGUUAUCAAAGAGGGCUUUGGCGACAUGGCCGUGUCGAACGCUAUAGGCUCGAAUGUCUUUGAUAUACUAGUGUGCUUAGGUCUUCCCUGGUUUAUUCAGACGGCCAUCAUAAAGCCCGGCUCGCACGUCAACGUAAUAUCCAAGGGACUGGCCUACUCCACACUGUCGCUCUUCUCCACCGUCGUCUUCUUAAUUCUGUCGACGCACUUAAACGGAUGGAAGCUGGACAAGCGACUCGGCAUCAUUCUCAUGGUCUGGUAUCUGUUCUUCAUCACACUGGCGUCGCUUUACGAGUUGAAUGUCUUCGGCUACAUGAACCCACCCGAGUGCCCCAGCACCUACUAAGAUCCUGACGAUCCUGACAGCAAUGGAUCUACAUUCUCAUUGCCAGCACCAAGUUUCGAAUACCAUAUUUACAUUUACGUACAUGUAGAGUUGUUCUAGGCCGCAGAUAAAACCAACCGAAAACACUGGAAAACGCAAAGAAAUCGAAAAAUUAGGAGUAAUAUUUACCUAACGUUAAUUAGAGGACAAAUUUAAUACUCAAAACGCGUUUUACAUGGAUUUUUACAUUGCACCAAAAGAAUGAUAAACCAAAAGACAAAUAUUAUAAAUGUAAAUGUAUACUAUAUUUAUUAACACGUAUUUUAAGGACAUAUAGGAAAAUGAAAACCAAUAAUGGUGUAAUUUCUUUAUCAUUGAUAAAUUUUUACAAAUUUCGCCACUAAAUUUCAAUCACAUUAAACACAAGAGCUACAAUUCUUUUAAAGAACAACGUCUUCUCUUCUCGUCCACCGAUUAUCAUUGCAAAACAUGUAUAAGAUGGAUGGAUGGGGGCCAAAAUCCGUAACGGUUCUCAUUUUCAACGACAUAAAAAGAGUUUUAAAAUUUCAGAACUUUUAAAAAAGUUUCUCAGUUUUGAAGGAAUUACACAUGAAUAUGUAAGAAAAGAAAAGUAAUUGUAAAGAAAAAAGAAUACAACUGUAGAUAGGAAGACAAAUGUAUGUAAUUAAAAAAAAAAGAACAACCAAAAGUAGCUAUUGCAGAUAAGGGUUUUAAUUAACAACACAAUAUGGCCCGCACCACAAUCAAAUAGUUAUGUGACUUUAAUAUACCUUAGUCGUGUUAUGUUUAUGUAUAUACUCUUGAAUCACAUCGCUUUCCUAUACGUUGAUUACUUGUAGACCCUAAUUUUCGAGAUCUGGAAAUUACUCUCCAGCUAGUUUUAAACCAAUACAUUUGGAAACAGACCAGAUAUGCAGAGCUUAAAGCUGUGGAAAAAGAACAACGAAUUUUAUUUACACUUCGAUUACGAUAUAUGUUCUUCAAAGAACUGCGAGCAAAUGUUAAUUUUUAUUUAAUUUGCAAUCGAUCAUUUAACGAAACCACAUACAACGUCAUAGCUUUUCGAUAUAUAAAUUAGCAGUAAAGUGCAAAGACAUUAAUUACGAUGGCAAUUAUUCGUGUCAAUUUAUUAUUGUAAAUAAUAACCACAUAUAAAUACUUAUUAAACAAUGGAACACAAAUUAAACAAGAUCAGGUCAAUUGUUCAUUCCACACAUUCCAUGUUCAAAACCAGCCCCUUUAACGGUUCAGUGUAUGUGUUCUUCUAAGAAUUCGAAAUUUUAAUUGUAGAGAGGUUUCACAUACCAAUUCUGGGUAAUUAACUGCAUUGAGAGCACCAUCAGUAGCACAUUUUACCAGUUCUUAUUGGCUGGUCACGGGAACCAAACUGAAUGUUGGUAAUAAGACGUAUUCUGAGAUUACAAUAAAAAGCUGAGUUAAUCCAUGUGAAAUUAUUAUUCCGUCAAUUCAUAGUCCUUGAAGUCUAGUGUAAGGCUAGCAAGUUUGUUGUUUCAAAAGUUCAAUGUAAGGGAUCAUAGGCAUUAAACAGUACGACUUUUUAAGUCACACACCAAGAGUAUUUGUUCAGUAUGUGUUAUUUGUCUAUUAUAAGACAAGCCAAUGCACGCGUUAGCCGUUUGGCAGUAUGUACUUACUUCUUGGCCAACCCAGCUUCUGAAUUUGGUCCGAGUCCUGCUGCUUCUCCUCACAUUCAUCCUCACAAGAUAUAACGAAGUUUGAUACGGAAACAGAGUCACACGUUUAGCUAAAAGCAAUGUCCGAGACAUACAGUAUGUAUCCAGUAUAUGCACCCAGUUAUCAACAUACAACAACCGAUACUAGUCAUGCUCAUGCAGUGGGCGCUGGUAUGUAGACGAGCUCAAUUCAUAGUUAAGUACUACAUAUAUAGAUACAUAUUAAUUCUACAUAUUUAUACACAGCGAGGACAUACAUACAGUUACAUAGACAAAUACAAAUGGAGGUGAAAGGAUAAUAAUGCUUAAAGGCAUUAGUUCGUGCAAACAAUCUUCCAGAACCGAGUUAAUCCAAAGCUAGGCACAGUGAGCUGUGUUCAAAACAAUAAUAUUCUAACCUUCUUCCUUUAACUUUUAAGUUACCAAUUGUUCCUUAGAUCCAGCAGCCAAGAGGUAUCAUGCAGUUGGAAUUCAGCCCAAAAAUAUCUUGUCCCUAUUCCACUUUUAUGUUGACAAUAGUUACAUAACAAGUACUCAAUUAUUACAAAAAAACAAAGGAUAUUCCACAAGUGUAUAUUUCAGUAAUGAAAGGGACAUUUUUACUCAUAAAAAUCGAAAGAACUAUUCUUUUCUUUGCCACAAUUAGAAUUCAAGUUUUCCUUGCUUAAUAUGUAAUAGAGUAAAAAAAAUAAAUUUAAAUAUUUAUUAAAAUUCUUUGUUUUAGGUUAUUCAGGAAUUAAUGAAAAUGACCGUGUUCUAUGUUUAAUAAUUGAAAACUUUAAAUUGUGCUAUUCAAAAGUGUAACAACAAGUCGGAUUAGCUUCAUAAAAAUAUAUUAUCCUUUAAUAUAGGAAAGAGACAACGCAGUCAUUUUGACCACAUGCUCACACACAAAAUCAACGUUACACAAGAAAUCGAACAAUCCGCCAAUUAAAGAAUGUCCACAUAGAUAUCUCAGUUCUAUAUUACCUUAAAUCGCUUGCUAUUCUUGGCCCAACCCAAGUAAAUGGUUCUUCCUACUCUAAACACAUGUCGAUCCAAAAUCUUGAAGCUGCCAUUGUCGUUUGUUUUGAAUACAGAAAAACAGUUAAAAAAUUCGAUUGAAAUUAUUUCAAGUGUGAGAAUUAUAUCAAAUAUAAUAGUUCGUGUUAUCUUUAACUGAAUCUUAUGCGAAAGUGCACCUGUGGAGGAAGUAUAUAAAAUUAUGCAAUCUACUUUAUUUAUUGCGGAGGAUCCAGGCUAUCUAAGGAUUCUGGGCAAAAGUAGACACUCAACUAAAUAAUUCUUUCCCCUAAAAACUUAUACAAUGUACAAUAAUUGUUACAUAAACUUAUACAUACUUACAACUAUAACAUGCUAUACCAAAAAUUACAAUAAAUGUUUACGUCUGACAUUUGUGUUACUUAGUCGUAAUUGUUUGCAAAAACUAUAUUGACAACUGUUUAUAAAUAACCUUCGAGGAGACAAUUUAUACCUAUUGGUGGGACUUAACUUGAAACACGAAACUAUUGCUAAUAUACAAAACUGUUGUUAUGUUUAGUCUAAAUAUGAAUUCCGAAAAUAAAUGCAUAACUAGAAACAAAA